CUUUUUCCGUUUAUCGCUUGUUCAUAUAAUGAGUUAAUUACAUACCUACAUAGUGUUACUACGUUCCACUGUGGGUUGUAGGGUGUAGAUUAUUGUUUUGUACAGGGGUAAAUAAAACAAUAUAUAUUUUAAGUGUUUAUUAAUUAUGCGUGUUUAAGAACUCAAGAUUAUGCUGGCGAUCAUUUGAACGCAUUGUAAGACGUACAGAAAUUCGAAGACCUAUAUAAGCAAACUAUGUUACGUCCAUUUAAACAUUAACUAAAGAAGUAUAAUGCGGUCCAUUAUUUUUAUUGGUAAGUAUCUAGUAUUUAUUAAUAAUUUAGAAUGAAUGGUAUUCUCAUUAAAAUUUUUAACUAAGUAAAAUUACAUUGUACCUAGUUUUUAGUAACAAUUUAAGAAAACAAUUGUGUUAUUAAUGACCUGUAUGCUAUAAUAAAUACAAUUUGUCCUAUAAUAUUAAAAAAUUGAGUAUCAUUUUAUUUUAUUUUUAUUUUUAUAAGAAAUGUAUAAUAAAGCACAAUAAGUAUAUACUUGUAUACAAAGUAGAAAAUAAAUGCAUUACUGGUGUAGUGUGAUUAAAUGGCCACCCAUUAGUGACACUUAACUUAGGAUUGUUUUAUAAAAGGAAUAAGUUAGUUGAUCUCAUCAUUUUCAAUUAGUAGUUAUUAAAACAUAAUUAAGAGGUUUAGUUUAUACUUGGUUUCAUUAUUAAAUGUAUUAUAUUACCAAUUAGUUAAAUAUCAACUCUUACCUUAAUUUAAAAUAGGUAGGCACAUUUAAUAACAGAUAUUAUAACAGAACAGUACCUAGGAAUUAAUAAGUUUAAUUUUUUUAAAGAUAAAUUAAAAAUUAUUAAACCAAUUUUUUAAUUCUAAAAAAAAAUCAAAAACUUUGUUUACAUCUAUGAAUUAAGUUUUUCUAAAAAUAUUCUUACUAUAAUGCAUGAGGACUAUUACUCAUAAAGUACAAUUAUUUUAUACUGAUAAAAAUGGUUUUGUACCUAUUACAUCCUUCUAAUACAGUAUUAAAUACUAUAAUAUAGUUAAUUUCAUAACAUUUUAGUAGGUUUAACUACUUAAAUAGUAAUAAAUUUAUUUUUAGAGAUAUGAUUCUUUAUUGUAGGGUAAGUCUAUUUGUUGCAGCUUACCAAAAAAAAGCCCUUAAAGAAUACCUAUUACUAUUUAAUUAUAACCAAUUAUAUUUAAUACCAUUCGGUUUAUCAUUCAGACUUAUUAAUGGCUCAGGAAACUUUGUGUCUCUGAUAUUAUGUACUCUUAUAGGUUAUGCACAAAUUGAAAUUGAAAUGGAAUUUGACAUAAUAUUAGAACAUAAGUUUUGAUGAUUGGUACUACUGUUUCUUCAGUUGGUAUAUCAAUAUUAGUUUUUCAUUUUUGUCAUUUUGCACAAAUAAAAAAGGGUUUUAAAAAAUAUAUUUAUUUAAUAUUAUGAGGUAAAUUUAAAAGUAUAAUUUAAAUGUAAAUUCUUCUCAUUAAUUUAUUAAUUAAUAAAUUAUAAAUUAAAUUUAUUAUUAAAAAGGGUGUUUUAGAUUCCGAACGUAGCGAGGGAGCUAUGGGUUUUACAAUGCUAUUUCUUUCUUUUUUUUUUUGUUCUAUUCUGUAAAACGUUUUUAAUAAACUUACUCUGAUGUAUUAGUGUACCAGCUUCUCUGAAAGCUCAAGUUGUCUAGAUUGUACUUUAGAGAGGUCAUUUUUUGAUUUUCAACAUCAUUUUUUAAAAGCACUUAAGUGGGAAAAAAAGUAAAAUUUUACAAUUUCGAUAUUUUAUAAAAACACAGACGAAAUUUUCUACCAGAAAAAAUGAUUUGAUCGAAAAAUUACAAGAUACUUUUUUUUGUUGUUGCCUUUUUUACUUACUUUCUUACGGUAUCAUCGAGAAAACUUGAGCUUUUAAGGAAUUUUAAUUUUUGAAAGUUUUUUGCUGUAAUUCUCGGUUAUAAAUACACGUAGAGACUUAAAACUUGGUAAUAAUACUUAUAUUGGACUUACCUAGACCUGAUACAAUUUUCAAAAUCAUCGGACUCCUUUUUUAAGUUUUUUACAGUGGUACUUUUUUGUUUUUAUAUUGCAGACUACUUUAAUCCUAGGAAACUUGCUCUGAUGUAUAAGCACCUUUUCUGAAAGUCAAUUUUAUCUACUUGUUAAAAACAUAGGUCAUUUUUUGAUUUUUGAAAUAAAAACGAUUUACUGGGAAAUGUUUUGGUUUUUCACAUUUGAUGAGAAAAUCGGAAAAUGACCGUAAAGUACCACCCCAAGAAAAUUUAGUUUCAGAAAAGGAUCUACAUCGUAUAAAUCGUAGUAAGCUUUUUUCGGUUAAAAAAAGGUUCACAUAAAAAAAAAAAAAAAAAAACAUCUGUAAAACCAUUACAUUCUUCUUGUUCAUUCUUCAAAAUAACACAACAAUCUACACUAUUAUAAUAUGGUAUGGUCAUAUGUAGAACUGUAGAAGUCCAUGUUGCGCUUUAUCUAACCUGGGUUCUCUGGGCGACGUGUAUUACCACGGUACUGUCUAAAAAUAAAUCAUAUAACCACUAAAACGUUUAUACCUAUAUCCUAAAAUUUUUUUGUGUUCGCUGGAUGCCCCAUCGUCAUUAUAUUGUCUCCUGAAAUCUUGAUGUAUUAAUUUGCAGCCCAAAUCAAUAUUUAUUUUUUAAAACUUGAUAUUUUUUUCUGUAACUUUACCAAGCUAAGGAUCAAAAACUUUUAAAUUUUUCAUAUAAUAUUCCGGCAAUGCCCCGCAAAUAUCUGCUGCCCGGGGUAAUUGCCUUUAUAUUGUUCUGUUUUCGUUCAUGUAAAUUUUUCAAUAUAACCGGUUAAUAUUUAUAUAAAUUACAUUUUUAAAAGAACACUAAGCCCACACUAAUUGUUUUGUUUCUAAAAUUAUACAUUAUACAAUAGAAAAAUCGAUUUUUCUAUUUCAAAUAUUGUGAGUUCUGAUGUUUCUGAUGAAAAUAUUUUUUAAAAAAAUGAUAAUAUUAUUUGUGUUUUCUUAGUAAAUAAAUAUUAUUAGAUUAAUUAUUUUGAAUUUAGAUAGGGAGAGUAGUAAUUUAUAAAUAGAUUACCUUGAAAAGGUCUAUACUUUGUUACAGUUAUUAAUUUUAGGUAUGCACAAGGGUAAUGUUUUUUUUAUGUAUAAUUCUAUGGUCGCCGGUCAGGUAAAAAAAUGUAUAUUUCUUAAUUUUAUUGUAAAUCGAAUUAAUUAUAUCCUUUGUUAUUAGUUAAAAUGGAAUUUGUAGCCAGUGGCAUUCAUUCCUUGUUGUUUUUUUAUUCAAUAAUACAAUAGAAUGAAAAGUAAUAAGACUAUCAUGACUACCUAUAUAGGUAGCUGAACUGGUUAACUAAAAAUGUAAGAAAAUCCCGAAGCGUAAAAUAUAAUACAAUAACCAUAUAGAAUAUACAGUUAGUAAUAUUCUAGUCUAAUAAUUAUUUAUAAUAUAGUAAUUAACUUAACAACUUUUUUAUGUGAAAAUUAAUUUUGACUCGACAGUGUAAAAAAAGAAUAAUAAUAAUACUUAAUAAGAUCUAUUAUAAAAUGUACCUAUCUAAAAUAAAUUAACAUAUAAACCCUAAUACUGUUGAUUUCAAAUUGAUUUUAUAGUUUUUAUAAUAUUAACUAGGGUCUAUAAAAGGACUGUUUAAAAUAAAAUAAGAUACUUUAGUAGAUAAUAAUUAUAUGAUUUCCAAAGCAUUAAUUAUGUGUAAACAUAUAUAUCACUUCAAAUUAUUUAAUUUAAACAUCACAAUUUACUGUAUUAUUUUUCAGUGUAACCUAUUAAGUAUUAUUUUUAUCUUACGUUUUAUAAGAUUGAUAUUGUUGAUUUUGAUAUGCAAGUUAGUUAUAUAGGUUACCAAGUUACCUAUAUCAGGGUUUAGUAUUCGUUGAUAAAGUCAAUUAGGCACUUUUGUAUCAUUUGCAGUCAUUUUCAGUGAUUCAUGCUAGAGUAAAAUGUAUUUUUGUUGGUCAUUGUAUUACAAAAUAACAUGUAUUUAGUAUAUGUACUAUGUAAUAAAACAAUUAAUAUAUUUUGUAUAGGUAUGUAAAAAAAAAAAAAAAUGAUUUUAACGCAGUAUAUUACCUAAUUAUAAUUUAAAUUAUAGUUGAGUACUCGAGUAGAUAAAGCUAAAAAAAAAUAUUUUUAACUGAAUUUCAACAAAACAUUUUAUAAAAAGCUUACAAAUAGCUUAAAUAUUUUGAAAAUUUUACCAUAUCUAGAAAAGGCAAAUAUAAGUUUUCUGUCCAAAUUUCAAGUCUACAAAUAUUUUAUAUGAAUUACAAGUAAUAAAAAAAUUGAAAAUAAUAAAAGCAUUAUUUUUGUAAAUUUUACAUUUUUCUUAUGUUUAUCCAGGUUUUUCCCAGAUAUUAUGAAACCCACUUAGAAAAUUAAAAAAUGACUUUCUUGUUGAAGUACCAUUUAGACAAUAUUCCUUUCUGAAAUAGUGCUAUAAGCACAUAUCGGGGGCAAUAUUUCAGGUAGAAAUUUUUGUUACAAUAUAUAUAUAUAUAUAUAUAUGUAUAAAAAUGUUAACAAAUUACUUAAAAAAUUAAUGAAUGUGGAAAUGUAAUUUUUAUCUUAUCUAGGUAUUAAAAAGUUUAAAAAUAAGAUUAUCUAUGUCUCUAUAUUUUUUAAAAAAUUGUUUGUGGACAUAACCCGUUACCAAAUGUUCAUAUUUGUAUUAAUUUAAUGGUUUUUUUUUGUAGUUUCUGCAUGAUUAUUAACUCUAACUUAUAUUAACUUAACUUAUGUUAAUAUAUUUUCAUAUAAAUUAAUUUGCUGGAAAAAAUUGUGUUGGUCUUUAACUGCAAUACCUACAAUUUUUCCAAUUUAAAAUCUUAAAAACCAAUCAUCUAACUCUAUAAGUUUAUUUGGUAAAUUUUUUGAUAGUAAAAUGUACAUAUUGAUAAUGUAGUUUUUCAUUUAAAUAUUUUUUUUUAUGCAAUAAUUUGUACUAAAAUAACCAAGAAAAUAAUUUUAAUUGUAGCAUAUGUUUUUUUUUUGGAUUUAUCACGAAUACAGCCACUACGGCAAGAUUCAUUUCUGAUAAUCUUAAAGGAUCUCUACACAAAAUUUGUUAUCUUUGUUUAUCUUGCUUGUAACAUAGCAACUUAAACAUUUUGCACCUCAAUGAUUGUGUCUCUCUGGUUAUAUAGAGUAAAAUGACCAUGCAUUAUAUAAUGUCUUAAUGAACUGUUAGUAGUUAAAAUUAAAAUAAAUUAAAACACUCAUUUUUUCAUGUUAAAAAUGAUUAGGUACAGGCAUUGUAAUAUACUCUUCUUUGUAAAAUAAUAGAUCCAUUUUCUUUACUCAAUCAGAGAGUGACAAUUAUUAACAUAUGAAAUAUAUUUUAUUAAUAUUAUUAAUGGGUUAAAAAAACAUUUACACUGGACGAACACUAAAAUUAAAAAAAUCUGUCUUAAGAUAAUGAGGACUAGUGCAGCUACUGUUGUAGGUAUUUAAUGUAUACUUGUAAGCAACGAUAAACCAUUACUAACGGGAAAAACGAUUCUAAGCAGAUUUUAGUUGAUAAUGAUGUUUUGUCAACAAUACAGUAAAAUCCACUUAACGAGGACACCAUAUCAAGGGGACAAAUUGGCAUACCUAGUUGGCACAAACUAUCAGUUAUAAGGGAAUUUUUUUCCUAUUAGCACAUAGGUAUUCCCCGAAGAUAAGAGUCCACUAGCCAAAAUUAUUCGGUUUAUCAAUUAAUUUAUAAUAAAUAUGUGUAAUAAAUCAAUUAAUUAAUACUACUACUACUGUUAAAUAAUAUUUGCAUUGUAAAUGGGAGCAAAAUUGUUGAUAGAUAAGUUGUCAACAGAAAAAAAAAAUUACCAUUGUUCAACCAUAAGCUUCUUCGCUCCAUUCAGAAUUUAAAAAACCUAAUAAUUAUGAACAGAUUAAAAAUCUAUUUAAAAAUUUAGGUUUAUUUAAUCCUGGGUACUACUGGAAGUACAAAAACUAAUUUUUACUAUCUUGUCCAUUAGGUGACAGUGGCGAUAAAUCUAUGAUGUCCUCUUAAGUUUUAAAUAUUAUAUUUUAACUAAAUAUAAAUCUAAUUUUAAGUCUAUUUUUAGUAAUAAUUAAUUUCAUUGUUUUAGUCCUUAUAAUAUGUGUGUUUUAUUUAUUUUUAUUUUUAUCUUGUUAGAACUAAUUUCUUUUCAUAAUAGGUUAGAGCUAAUAGUUACUUUAUUUUUAUUAUUAUUAAUAAAUUUCAAAUUAUAUGAUUUUUUCUUUUUCAGUAAAUUUAUUUGUGCAUUUGAUAUGUACAAAUACACAGAGAUCUGGCAGCUUUGAUAGAGAAGGAUUUUUCAAUAAUUCAUCAUGGUUGCAAUUAUAUCCUCCUAUUUCAUUGUACAAACAUGUAGGAUUCAGCUUCAGAACAUGUUCUGGAGGCAGGAUAUUUUCUCAAUAUGCUGUUGAUAUGCGUAUCUCAGUAGAUGUUCUUCAUGAUGGUUUAUCAUUUAAAACAUUUGUUCAAAACAGACAUUAUGAAUCUAAAAUCCAAGGAGAUUUUUUUGAUAAUUUGUGGCAUAAUUUUAACUUGAUUUAUAAGCUUGGCGAGUUAACAAUGUUUAUUGAUGGUUUACAACAGGUAAAUAUUAACUAUAAUAUAUUAGUUGUAAUAAAACAACUUUUAAAAUCUACAAAUAAUAAAUAUUUUAUUUCUUUAGGUUAUAGCAAAUUCUACAUUUCGUUCAGACAUUUUUAAUGUUGAUAAGUUAAAUGAUCAGUCAGUUUUAAAAGUGGGAGAUGGUUUUGAGGGUUGUUUAUUAGAAGGGCCAAAUUUUAUUUUUAAUUCAUCUUUAAAUCAAGUUCAUAAAGUUGUUUGGGGCCAUUGUCCUUUAAAUAGUCAGUCAUGUAUGUAUUGUAAAAUACAUUUUAAGUUCUAAUUUAGUGUAUUUUGUAUUUAUUUAUUUUUUACAUACUGCAGGUACAGAGAUUGAUUACUGUUCUCAUGCGCCUUGUAUGACACAUGGAGUAUGUGUUCCAAGACAAAACAAGUAUCACUGUAUUUGUCAUCCCAGAUAUUCUGGAAAUAAUUGUGAAAUUGAUAAUGGUAUGGUGAAUCAUAGAAUUUUUAAUAGUCAUACAUCAGAGUUUAUACCUAUUUUAUUACAGGGUCCUUAUGUGCUAAACAGAAUAAUCGUUGUAUCAAUGGUGAUUGUGAAGAAAUAAAAGAUGGUGAAGGUUUUAUUUGUCAUUGCAAUAAAGGAUUUACGGGUGAUCAUUUUUUAUUUUUAUUUAAAAAGUAAAAGUUAAAUGUACAAUUUACAUUGAAUUUUUUUUACAGUUAAAAUUUAAAUUAUUUAAAGAAAACUAUGAAAGUGUCUAUAAUUAAAAAAAAUGUGUUAUUUAUUUUAUUUCUUAAAUAUUAAUUGAAUUUAGUAUAUUAAGACAAUAAAAAAUGUCUGUACUAAUUUAUUUUAAUUAUUUAUAUUAAUGAUUUUAAUAAUAUUUCAAUUUAGGUAAAUUUUGUGAGAUUGAAUUAUCUGCUCGUGUUUGUGAUAAUAAUCCAUGUAGAAAUAACGGUACAUGUAAACUUUUAUCUGGGGCAAAAAGUUAUGAAUGUAGUUGUGCACCAGGUAUAUUCUAUACUAUAUUUAUUAUAACAAUAAAAUGUAUAUUUUAAUUUAAAAUUUGUGUUCAUUAUGUAUUGUAGGAUUUAAAGGAGAUGACUGUGAAAUAAAUAUCAAUGAGUGUUUGUCGAGCCCUUGUCAACAUGGUAGUACAUGUAUUGAUGGUACGAAUAAUUACAUGUGUAGUUGUGGUAAAACAGGGUAAGUUUAUGAUACAAAUUGAUUUGUACAAUUUUUAUACUUAUUUAUCUAAUUUCAGAUAUGAAGGAAUGAAUUGUGAAAUAAAUAUAAACGAAUGUGAAACAAAUCCAUGUUUUAAUCAGGGUGUAUGUUUUGAUAACUACGGGAGUUAUACUUGCCAAUGUCAACCAGGAUUUGGGGGAAUCAAUUGUGAAAUAGUAAAUUUUUUAUAUAUUUUAUAAAAUAUUGUGUAAUUUAAUUUAAUGUGUUUUUAAAGGAUUUAAAUGAAUGUAUAUCAAAUCCUUGUCAAAAUGGUGGACACUGUAGAGAUCAAGUUGGAACAUAUGAAUGUCGAUGUCCUCUAGGAUAUUUUGGUAGAAACUGUGAAAUUGAUGUUGACGAAUGUGAAUCUGCUAUUUGUCCAGCAAAUUCUAUCUGUGUUGAUGGUGUUGCAUCCUAUACUUGCCAUUGUAAAUCAGGAUAUGCUGGUAAACAAUUAUUUAUCAAUACAUAAUAUAAAACAAAUUUAUUUUAUUUAUUUACAUGAGAUAGAUACAUUUUUUUAAUCACAUUUUAGAUUCUGAGUAGAGCAAGGAAUGCAUUGGUUUUACAAUGAUGUUUAUUGUUAUUUCUUUUCUGUGUACAACUUUUCUAAAGAAAUUUUUUUCUGAUUUUCUAGUAUAUCACUUUUUCUGAAAGGAAUUCUGACUGGGGUAAUACUUUAAGGGGGUAAUUUUUUGGUUUUCCUAAAGGUUUUCAUAAUAAACAGGAAAAUAUACAAACAUUUUUUUUUUUUUUAAUUGUAAAUAUUACAGCUUUUUAAAACAUGUAUAACCGAACUUCACUCAGAAUCGUUUAUUGUUAGCAAUGAUUACUCUUUGUUUACAGAUACAUACAUACUUAUAUACAUAUAUUCAAUUUCCCCUUUACCUUCCCAAUUUCUUACCUACAACAGUAAUCCAUCCAUCGUGCGAAGUAUGUCCGUUUGUUUUCGGGACUUGCUAUAUUUGUAAUUUUUUACAUAAUGACUAAUAGAAUAGAAUAUAAUUCUGACAAUAGUAUAUAUAUGUUAAUAACUUAACCUUUGAGAUAUUACAUAUUCCUUCAUCAAUAAUGACAAUUAGUGUAAUGUCAGAUUAUGUGAUAACAAUUCUUAUGAAGUAUGAUUGGUUACAAACAAAUACAAAUUUACUCAUAAAUGUUAUGUAAAGUAAUUUUUAAAUUCUUGUAUUUUAAGAAUUUAGAUAUUUAUUUUGUUGCUUGUUUUUAAAUAUUCGUAUUUUAGUACAAUAUUAAAUAUAAUUAAACUUUGCUAUAAAAUUGUUUGAAGCCAAAUCAUUUAAUUAUAACUUAUAAUGUAAUAACAGACUGAUAAUAAGAGCAUAAUUUAAACCCUAAUCAACUAUCACAAAAUGGUUCAUUAAGUAAUUAUGGACUAUUAAGCUUAAAAAUGGAAGUGUAAUCACUUUUAUGCUUCUUUACUUUACCUUCUUUAUUCGAUGUCCAGUCUAUUGUUACAUUUCUCUCUAUAAGUCUUGUGUCUUUCCAUCUCACCUUUGUCCUUUCUAGUGUUCAUUAAUGGUUUAUUUGUUUUUUAAUACCUAAUCAUUUGUUCUCCACACAUAUUCUAAUUAUUAGAAACUUAAAUACAAAAAAAUAUAUUUUAUAUUUUGUUGUUUUUAGGUUAAAUAAAUAUUUAUUCAACAAAUUUUAACAAUUUAAUUGAUUUUUUUAUUAUACCUACACAUUUUCAUAUUUUAUUAAGUAAAUAUGUACAUUUGAAGGUGUAUAUUUUUUUUUUUUUCUAUAAAGUGUUGACCAUUAUUUUCUUGUACUGUUGUAUAGAUUUAACAAUAUUUUAUAAAAAGAAAUAUAUAAAUUUAAAAAAUUUAUAACCAUGUAAUAUAAACUAAGAUUUAUAUAUAUUUAGUAUAUUUAUAUAUACUAUAUAUAUAUAUAUAUGUGCAUGCAUAUUUUAAAUAAUCAAUGCUGAUUAGUUAUGUGAUAAAUUUAACAUGUAGGUAACUAAAAUUAAAUGUUAACAGGAACAAAUCAAAUUUUAUGCAAAGUUGCAACUGUAAUCAUACUUUUAUAUUUUUAAAUUUUUAUUUAUAAACAGUAUUAUUAAAUUGUAUGUAUGAUUAUUUAUAGGUACUCCUCCAAAUUGCACAGAAGUAACAGUUUGUAGUACUAAUCCUUGUCAAAAUGGAGGUUUAUGUCUUUUAUUGCCAAACGGUCAGUUUAAUUGUUCAUGUUCUUCAGGAUACACAGGUAUUUAUUUAUGUUAAAACUAUGUUUCUGCAGUAAAGAUAUUUCUGAAUUUGUAAUCAAUAUAAAAUUAGUUUACAUUACAUAUAAUAUAUAUAUAUAUAUAUAUUUAUUAUACUUUAACUAAGCAUUUAAAGUUUCACUGUCAUUUUUUAGUGUUGGUAGUUAGUUUGUUUGUUUUACAUUUUAGUAUAAAGUAUAAUUGCACCAAAUUGCAUGGGUAUUUGUUUUGAUAUAAUUAUUACAGGCGCUUUUUGUGAGCAUGGUAAUAUAGUGGCUCGUUCGCAUGCUGAUGAUGUUUGUGUUCUCAUGCCUUGUCUGAAUUCUGGCACUUGUAUAUCUCAAGGAUCGAAUUAUGAAUGUAAAUGCCCUGCUGGCUUUACUGGUCGAAAUUGUGAAAUGACCAUGAAAUGCAAUGCUGACCCUUGUCAGCAUGCUGUAUCUUGUCGUGAUUAUGUGAGUUAAUUUAGUUAGUUGUACAAUGUUCAGACAUUCAAAAUCUAUUCAGAUAUAUUGUUUUUCAUGCAACGGUGGCUAUCAUUUAUAAAUAUCUUUAACUUGGGAUUGUAAAUUGAUGUCUAGAAAUGAAAAUGUUUAUCAUUGCUUUUUGUAUGAAAAUAUAUAUGAUCAAAAGGACAAAGAUAUUGUAGUAAUAGUCAAAAAGUAGCAAAAAUUUGUUACAGUAUUGAACUAUAAAAUACCGAAAAUUGUGCUUUAAAAGUUAAAAAUUGUACUAAAAAAUUAACUUAUUUUUUAAAACUAGAAAAAUUUGGCCUAAUUUUCAUCAUAUUUACAAAACGAUAAAAGAAUUAGUGUUUUUAUAGUUAAAAUUAGUGUCCACACGAAAUUCACAGAUUGUCAAAUAAUCAUGCUUUAUAAAUUAUCUUUGUAUUAAAUAUAAUUUUAUCUAUAUGCAUUGUAAAUACAAGAAAUCCAAUAAUUUUAAAAAUAAUCAAACUAUCAUUUUGACUAUACCUUCAAUAAUGUUAAUAAGUCAUUUAAACAAAAUAUUAAUGUAUAAUAUAUGUAUACUUCUAAUAUUGUACAUAAAAUAACAUUGAAAAAAUAGUUAAAAUUAAUUUAUAAAUUAGUGAAAUAGACAAAAUUGCAAUUAAACUGAACAAAUUACGGAAAUCGCAAACAAUUUCACUUCAAAAUUUAAGAUUUUAAUUUGUACUUCCACCCAUUUAAAAUUUACUUAGCAAUAAAUUUGACCAGUGAAGGAAAGGUGCAAACGCAACAACAUCUGGGCCCUAACUAUCAAUAUCCUGUGAUAUACUUACUAUUUAGUGUAAAGGAACAGUUUCAUUUUUAGAUAGCCGCCACUGCUUUUAUAGACACAAAUUCUUUUAUUUAAAAAUCACUGCACAUAACAUGUUGUAUGGUAUCACCAAAACUAUUUUAUCACUUGUAGGCUGGUGGGUACCGUUGUGAUUGUGAACCCGGUUGGUCUGGGCAGCAAUGUAAUCAACGUUCUAGUGAUCCUGGUCAUGCUUGCGGUCCAAACACUUGUGCUCAUGGUGGGACUUGCACUUCAUUAACUGGACAAGCUGAUUCUUACCAUUGUGAAUGUCCCCCUGGUUUCACUGGUAAUAAUAGAACUACUGUAAAAAAAUAUUAAUUAUAAGUACCCUGGUUUUUUCAUACAUAAUUAUAUAUAUAAAAAAAUUCUAUAAUUGAAUUAUUAUUGUGAUUUAAUAAAAUUAAUAAUAUAAAAAUUAGUGUUAGUAAACUUUUUAUAAAUUUUAAUGAACCCGUUAAAUUAAAUUAUACUAUCACAUAUUCAUAACCAAAUAAUUAAACAAUAUUUGACAUUAACAACCAAUAACAUAUAUUAGUUUACCUUAUAUUGUUUUUCAAUAGUAUUGGUUUAUGUUUAUAAAAAUACAAUAUAUUUUUAUACUAUAUAAACCAUAACUAUAAUAAUAAAAUAAAAAUAUGAUGAAUUUCUAUUAUCACUUACACUUAUCUUUACUAAUUAGCAAUAAUAACUAUUAAUUUUUUGUCAUUUUAUUUAGUGUAAUAUUUUUAAGUCACUUGAACACAUUUGUCCUAUUAUUUUAAUUGAACAUUAAUGUAAUUUAAGUAAUUUAUUGAAGAAUAAUUUUUUUUAUAGAAAUUUAUAAAUAAAAUAAUAAAAGAGUAUAAAAGUUAUAAAUACCAUCAAAAAUAUAUUUUAUUAUUCUUCCUUCUUUCAAAGCAGUAGUAUAUCAUACACAUUUUAUUAUAUAUUGUAUUAUAUUCUUGUUUAAAGUACCCUAAACAUAAGCUAUUCAAUGUCAAUACAAGUUUAAAAAAUGUACAUAUUUAAUGCAUUUAUUAUUAUAAUUAUAUAAUUAUCUAAAUCUAUUAAUAGUAGAAUGUAAAAUAUUGUUAAAGGGCCACAGUGACACCCCUUUUUUGGCUCAAAAAUAUGUCCUCUAUGAAAAACUUGUUGUCAGAUUUUGAUAAUUACUUUUUUUGUUGGAAAAAAAUUUCAUAAAAGUUUCAUUGAUCUUUGUUUUUUAAUAUUUUCAUUUCAAAUUUUAUUAUGAUACGUUUAAAAAAAAAGGUUUAAUAUUUUCUGCAACAUUUUUUACAAUUAUUUGAAAUCAAAUGAAAAAUCUGAGUUCAAUGUGAUUUGUAAAAUUUUAUUGUCUAUCAGUUUAAAAAAAUGAGUUGUCCCUAUUCCCACAAACUCAUUUUUGUCCGAAAAAAUGAUUGUACCUCCCCCCACUAAAUGGGGAUUGGCAAUAAAUAAGUGGAAAGUCUUUUAGUUUAGAAUUAAAAUUUUAAUAAUCAUUUUUGAAUAAAAAUAUUCAAACCGUUACUGGACCCCUAAUAAUAAUUAUACUCAUUGAGUAUUUUUCAUUAAGGGUAAAAUUUGACUUUAUUAUCUUAUUCUUCAAUGUAUUGUAUAAAUAGUUUUUAUAUUUAUAAUUAUUUUUCAACUAAAAGUGAUUUUGUCAUCUAAUACUUAAUUGUAUCUAUUUGUUUUAAAAAUGUACCAGUUGUAUCUCUCUCUAAGAAAAACAUGUUAUAACAUGAAUUUAUUUAUGUAAUUAAAUUAUUAUAGGACCAACCUGUCAAAUAGAUAUUGAUGAAUGUAUGUCCAGACCAUGUUUGAAUGGAGGUACAUGCCAUGAUCUUAUUAAUGGUUUUCGAUGUAACUGUACUGAUAACUACAUGGGUGCUUAUUGUCAAUUACCAUUUGAUGUGUGUGCUAAAAAUCCCAACCCUUGUUUAAAUAAUGGUACUUGUCUCCAUAAGACUUCAUCUCUGAAAGAUUAUUACUGCAUGUGUUCUCAAGGUAAAAUAUUUUUUAAUUUUCUUCAAAUUGUUUAAAAUUUUACGUUAUUUAUGAUAUUAUUGAAGGUUUUGAAGGAAAAAAUUGUGAAGUUAAUGUCAAUGAAUGUCUCAUGGUCACAUGUCCAAUGGGAAAAGUAUGUAUUGAUGGUAUCAAUACUUAUGAGUGCAAGUGUCCCGAAGGAUAUACUGGGGAAAAUUGUUCAAAGUUAUUGACUGAUUGUCGAGACCGUCCCUGUAGAAAUAAUGCCACUUGUAUAGAAAAUACUGAUAGUUAUACUUGCCGUUGCACUUCUGGUUUUACAGGUACAAUUCAUACUUAUUAAAUAUGUGUUAAAAAUAAUUAUAUUUGAAAUAUGUUUAGGUAAAAAUUGCGAUCAAGAUAUAAAUGAAUGUGAAGUUAACAAAGAUGUAUGUAAUUAUGGAAUUUGUAUUAAUACUAAUGGUUUGUUAGAGUUUUGUUUGAAUAAUAUAUAUUAUAAAUACUUUUAUUAUGUUUUAUGUAAAUUAUAUUAAUUUUAAUUAUUCAUUUUAGGAAGUUAUCAAUGUUUUUGCCGUCCAGGAUUUUCUGGUGACAAUUGUGAUGUUGAUUUUGAUGAAUGUUUAUCUCAACCUUGUUAUAAUGGUGCUACAUGUGAAAAUAGAAUUAAUGGUUUUAAUUGUAUUUGUCCUCCAGGGUUUAAUGGUAUGUUUUGAUGACAUUUUAAUUUUAAAAUAUACUAUUAUUAUUUUAAUAUUAUACUAUUAAUAUUUAUUUAACUAUUUAAUUUUUAUAUUUAUAGGUAAAAUUUGUAGCAUCGAUGUCGAUGAAUGUAAUUCUAACCCAUGUAUGAAUGGUGCUACAUGUAUAGAUAAUGUUGCAUCAUUUACAUGUUCUUGUCCUAUUGGCUUAACAGGAAAGCUCUGUGAAAUAAAUAUUAACGAUUGUGAGGUCAGUAUAUUAUAUUUAAUUUUAAUUUUUUACAAUAUACUAUUAAAUUAAAUUCAAAAUAUUUCAAUUAAUACUUAUAUGAUUCAUAGUCUUCCCCGUGUCAAAAUAUGGGUGCAUGCAUUGAUGGAAUUAAUAGUUACGAAUGCAACUGUACUAAUACCGGCUUUGAAGGUAAAAAUGAUAAAUAAUUUAAUUCUUAUAGUUAGUUAAUGUUUUAUUAUUAUUUUUAAUAAUAUAUCCUUCUUUUUUUUAGGAAAUCACUGUGAAAUGAAUAUUAAUGAUUGUAUACAUAAUCCUUGUGUAAAUAAUGGUACCUGUGUAGAUGGAAUAAAAGACUAUUCUUGCAAAUGUUAUACCGGUUAUACAGGUAAUAACAAUAUUCUUAAAGGAUCAAUUUGAUUUAUUCAAUUAUUGAUUUACAAUAUUUUUACUAGGAAAAAAUUGUGAAGUUGAUAUAAAUGAAUGUGAGAGUAAUCCUUGUCAAUUCGGAGGUACAUGUCUUGAACAUUCUAAUCUAUCAUUAUACUAUCAACCAGAUAAAAAAAACUUGUCAUCAAUAUUUCAUCAAGAUUUUAAUUAUGCUACUGCUAAUGGGUAAGUAAACUAAUAUAAAUAAGGUAAUUGUAAUUGCAUCUUUUCAUCUUUUGUAACAUUUUUUAUAAAUACAUUUCUCAAAUGAUUUGAUUUUUUAAAAAAAAAUAACUAUAAUAAUAUUAUUUUAAAAGGAUAUAUCAUAAGUAUGUAAUCUAACUAAAUGUUUAAACACUCAAAUACUUGUUGCUUUUAAAAUGAUUUACAUUAUAUUAUUUUUUCAUUUUCAUUUAAAAAAUGUUUUUUAGAUUUGAAUGUCUAUGCUUACCUGGUACGACAGGUAUUAAAUGUGAGAUUGACAUUAAUGAAUGUGAUAGCAAUCCAUGUCGCUGGGGCAGCUGUGAAAAUCGAAUUGGUGGUUAUGCUUGUUUAUGCGAUGAAGGUUUUGAAGGCGUGUAUUGUGAAAUUGAAAUUGAUGAAUGCGAAAGAUUUAAGUAUGCAUAUUUCUAAAAACAUUUAACUUUUAAGUUACUUAUGAUUCAAUUUUUGUUAUGUUAAAUAAUUAUUUCUUAGGCCUUGUGAUCAUGGUACUUGUGUUGAUCGGCGUGCUGGUUACUAUUGUGAUUGUACACCAAAAUAUGGAGGUAAAAAUUGUUCUGUAGAAUUGGUUGGAUGUCAAGGUCCACAUACUUGUCUAAACAAUGGUACUUGUCGACCAUACUUGGUUGAUGAAACUGAACAUCGCUAUAAUUGUACAUGCCCUUAUGGUUUUCAUGGUGAUAUUUGUGAUAAGGUAAUUGCUAUAAAAAAAAAAAAUAAUAAUAAAAAAAAUAGAUUAACUAAUUUAUUUUAUUUUAAUAAUUGUGUUUAGACAACUACUAUGUCAUUGACUGGCGAGUCUCGUAUUGUAGUAAACACUACUAGAGAUGAAGGUUAUGACAUAUCAUUUAGAUUUAAAACUACAUUACCAAGUGGUUUAUUAGCAAUCGGUGGAGGUUCAACAUUUUAUAUACUUGAGUUGGUUAAGGGUCGUUUAAAUUUACAUUCUAGCUUGUUAAAUAAGUGGGAAGGUGUAUUUAUUGGUUCUGAGUUAAAUAAUAGCCAAUGGCAAAAGGUAAGUUAUAUUAAAAUAGUUAAUUGUAUUCAUAUUCUAAUUUACUUUGUUUAUCAUUAAGGUUUUUGUUGCUAUAAAUUCCUCACAUUUAGUACUGUCUGCUAAUGAAGAGCAAACUAUUUACCCUAUUAACUUAAACGAAGGAGCAAAUCCUACACACACUAGUUUUCCUACUACUUACGUUGGUGGAACCAUAUCAAAUUUAAGACUUUUACCUCAUGGACCUCCAUUUUUUAUUGGUUGUAUUGAAAAUCUUCUUAUAAAUGGACAAUGGGUUAGAAAUUCAAAUAAAUAUUAAAGAAAAUUACACAUUAAUUACCAUUUUAAAAUUUCAGGUUUUACCUGUUGAAAAAGUAGAAACUAUAGGGUUAACUAAUGUUGAUAUUGGUUGUCAAAGAAACGAUCAGUGCUUCCCUAACCCAUGCCACAAUAGUGGUCAUUGUACUGAUUUAUGGCAAACAUUUAGCUGUACAUGUGAAAGACCAUACCUUGGAAAUACUUGUCAAUACAGUAAGAUUUAUUUUAUUUAUUUCAGUUCUAGUUUUUUCUUUUUUUUUUUCUUAAGUAAAUUCACUCAAUAUAUUUUUAUGUAUAAUAGGUUUCCCAGCUGCAACGUUCGGUCAUGAAAAUAUCACUAAUGGUCUUGUUACUGUAACUGUAUAUCCUAUUACUAAACGAGCUGUUAGAAACAUAGUUGAUAUUUCAAUGUUUAUAAGAACACGCCAAACAAGAGGAGCUAUAUUUUAUUUAGGUUCUAUGCCUGGUAUGGUUACAUUUCCUGAAGAAACGCAUAUUGCAGCUGAACUUGAAGGCGGGGAGUUAUUAGUCCGAAUACAAUUUAAUGCAACUCCUGAAUCAUAUACUGUUGGUGGUGUUAAAUUAGAUGAUGGACAUAAUCAUUUAAUACAGGUAAAUCUAAGGAUCUAAAGUUAGCUUAUAUUAUUUAUUUUCAAUAAGAUAUAACCAUUGUUAAUUAGAUGUUUUACUAAUUUAAAAAUGUACUUAGGUUGUUCGUAACAUAACAUUAGUGCAAGUAAAAAUUAAUGGAACAGAAUAUUUUAGAAAAACUAUUAGUGCAACAGGUCAACUUGAUGUUCAAGUGUUAUACUUGGGAGGUUUUCCGUCUUCUAAACCACCAAGACGAGAUGUAUCAGAUGCUCCCCCCACAGUAAUGGACAUGAAUGUAUUACCAAGGCCUAAUACUAUUGAAAGACAUAUUCGUCAAACAACAGCUGAUAAAUUUGAAGGUAUACCUCAUUUCAAAGGAAUCAUUCAGGAUGUUCAGGUAAUUUAAUUUAAAUAUUAACAAUGCUUAUAAAUAGAAAAACUUAUUAUAUAAUAUACAAUAUAUAUAUAUAUAUAUUCAGGGCUGGCUUAAAGACAGUCAAAGAUGUGCAUUUGCACAGAGCCCCACACUUAGAGACCCUGUGUCUUGGUCACAUUAAAAUAGAUAGAUAGUAAUUUCAUAUGAUUAUUUAAGGAAAAAUAAAUUAAAAUUAUGAAUUAAGAAAAAUUAUUAAGAACGCUUGAUAUUAUAAGGUGAAAAAAUAAAAAAGUAAAAUCUUUUAUUGAGAUUUAUUAUUUAUUAUUUUUAUUGUAAAAAUGAAUAUGUAGAGUUAAGAUAUUUUCUAAUCCGUUUCCGUAUAUUAUAUUUACCAAAACAUAUAAAAUUAGUUCAAAUAUAUUUAUAGUUCUUAUGCCUGCAAAUAAUAUAAAAAAAAAAAAAAAAUAGAAUUUGAUUAUCGUUAAUACCUCAGGCGAUAUUGCAGUAGAUAUUUAUAUCUUGGAAAAUAUUAAUUUUUUUGAGAAAUGAGUUUUUUAUGAUGAUGCUACAUUACUAUUUUUAUUUCACUCUUAUUUUUAGGCGUGAAACAGGUACCUACUUUUGAUUUUUAAAUGACAAUUUUUAUUAAAAAUUCCUUAAAUAGAUGGAGUCAUGGUUAAAAUAAUUUUUGGUGUUGAUACUUUUGAUUUCCGUUAAGCCAUUAACAAGGUAUUCCACUUGCUCCACAUUAUUAUUCACUUAUUUUAAAUGAUUUGUUUUAUUUUAUUCUACUGUGUUUUACUGUAUUUUGACUUAUCAUUUACGCAAAAAAAAAAAAAAAAUACAAAAUUGCUGUUUAAAUUUACAAGCUCUGGAAAAACGACUAUUAUGAUUACAUUAAAUUCAUACCAUUAUUAUUAUUUGUUUAUGAAAAAUUGAAAAAAUAUUGUUGCUGGAUAAUAUUAUAUAAAGUUAAUUUUUAAUUGAAAUUUUAGAUAAGUAAUGGAUCCCAAAUCAUGUUUGUUGAGUUUUAUCCCUUGACUGUCCCAAAUAAAGAAUUAGCUAUACCAAAAUCAUUUGGAGUUGUUACAUUCAACCAAGAUGAAGUUCUACAAGGAAUCUUGUCUGAUGACACAUGUCGUUCAAAUCCUUGUCACAAUGAUGGAGUAUGCUCUGUAACAUGGAAUGAUUUUACAUGCAACUGUACAGUUGGUUAUAAAGGAAAACAGUGUCAAGAAAUGGAAUUUUGUCAACUUCAAGAUUGUCCUAAAGGCAGUCAAUGCCGAAAUUUAAAUCAUGGAUAUGAAUGUGUUGCCAAUGUUACGUUGGAUGGUCAAAAUACUACUGAGCCACUCUUACAAUAUAAUUUUGUUAAAGGACAACAAGCUAUUUCUUUAACUCAUAUUGAGGUAAACUAUCGAACAAAAACUGGUGGUACAAUUAUGUAUGUUUCUAACAAGAAAAAGAAUAGUGAUCCUGAGUUCGCAUUUUUCACUAUGAUUGUUAACAAAAAUCAGGUAUAAAUAUAUUAUUUACAAUAUUCUUAAUAUCAUAGUUUAAAAUAUUUAUUUGUGUUACAGUUUACUAUUGUAUGGAAAUUAGAAAAAGGAGGUUCUAUAAUCACAAGGCAUAUACAUAAUUUAGAUUCUGAUUGGACGACUGUUGUUUUUAAAUUAGCUGAUAAUAAAAUUCAAGGUGGUUUGGUUGGUGCAAUUGAUGAUCCAAAUCAGUUUAUUGUUGCUGGAAAUUUCUCAUUGUCAAAUUGGAUUGAACUGGUAUCCUUUAAUCCCAUUCUUAUAGGUAUACAUUUUUGUCCAUAUAGUUUAAAUUUUUAUAUUAAAUUGAUCAUUAACAUCAUUAUGAUUUGAUUGUCAUUUAUUUACAUCUAAAUAGUUUAAAUAUAGGAUUUAACAAGUAUUUACUAUUAUAUAUGAGGUUAUGGAUACAAACUAUUCAGAAUGAUACUUCUAUCAUUGGACACUCAUUAUUUGCAUACUGUUGACUUUUUAAAAAAUAUUUUUUUGAUAAUUUUAGAUCUACGUAUUUUUUAAACAAUAAAUUGUCAAAGUAUUUUUUUUUUUUUUAAAAAAAAGUACACUUUUUGAAAUAAUGAGUGUUCAACUAUAUGUAUUAUAUAUGUAAUUAUACUGUAUUUAAAAAAAUAUUGUUAUUACAGGAAGAGGAGAAAACUAUUAUGAUACAUCAGGAAAUAAUGUAGAACAUGCAACAUAUAUGACAGAUGCCGACUCAAAUUCAUUAGAUAUGGUUGAUUCUGAGACAGCUUUGAACUUUGAAGAUACAAUACAACAUGAUGUAGCUUCUGUUGGAGCAUUAUAUAAGGUAUUUGUGCUUAAUAUAUAUAGUAUAUUAUAUAAAAUAUAAAUAUAUAAUUUAUUAUUGUUACUGUUUAGGGUUGCCUUGGGGAAAUACGAAUUGGAGAUUUAUUGUUACCUUACUUUACUCCAUCCCAACUGAAUACCACCAAUCAAACCGAUAACUUUAUUAUGUCAUCACAUAAUUCCUUCACAGAACAUUUUGAUUUAGGUUGUGUACUUUGUUAUGAUUCCGAGUGCAAAAAUAAUGGAAGGUAUAGUUUUUUAGUUAUAAAUUGUCUUAUUUGUUGUCUGUAAUUUUUAAUUGUAUUAGGUGUAAAAAAGCUACAGAGUCUUAUGUUUGUGAAUGCCAACCUGGUUAUGAAGCUGAUGACUGUUCUACAAAUAUCAAUGAAUGUUUGUCUAAUCAGUGCAAAAAUGAAGCAGUGUGUAUUGACGGUAUUGCUAAUUAUACAUGUAAAUGUAAUCCCGGUUGGACUGGAACAUUGUAAGUUACAUUUAAAAUACUGAAUUUAAAUUAAAUAAUAUCAAUACUUUUUUUUGAUUAGUUGUGAAAUUGAUAUUAAUGAAUGUGAAUCAAGCCCAUGCCAAAAUAAUGGUAUUUGUAUUGAUAACCUUGGUGCAUUUAAAUGCAACUGUACUGACGAAUAUGAAGGAGUUACGUGUGAACGGGUAAAACUAGUAACUUGUGAAAAAAAACCAUGUAAGAAUGGCGGCAUGUGUAUUAAUACACCAGGUUAGUCUUAAUACCAAUGAGAUAAUAUAUACAAUUACUGAAGCAUAAUUCAGCUUAAUAAAUUAAUAUAAUUUUGGUAUGUUAAAGAUGCAUCUACUGGUAAUAAUUACACGUGUUCUUGUGUAAAUGGUUUUUUGGAUACUAAUUGUGAUAAAGGUUUCUGUGAUGUUAAUCAUUGUCAAAAUAAUGGUUCAUGUAACAGCACGGUAUGCCAUUAUAAUUUAUGGCUUGUAUGAGAAUAAAAAUAAUAUAACUGAAUUUAUUUAUAGAUAUCUCCAUUCUGUAACUGUCCAGUAGGCUUUAAAGGAAAUAUUUGUGAGGAAAAUAUUGAUGAUUGCUUAGAUAAUGGUUAUCAAUCAAAAUGUAAAAAUGGUGGUCAAUGUAUUGAUGGUAUAAAUGAAUACACAUGUAAUUGUACAGACACUGGUAAGAUCAUUGAAUAAACAUACUUAUUCAGUUUGUUUUAUUAAUAUUAUUUUUUUAUGUGAACCUUCCAAUUAUUUAGGCUAUACAGGUGAGGACUGUCAUAUAGACAUUGAUGAGUGUUCUGAUCUUAAUGUACAAUGUGGUCACCAAGGUGAAUGUGAAAAUACGGAAGGUUCUUUCAAAUGCUUAUGCAAAGAUGGAUUUUGUGGUCAUUAUUGUGAUCUAAUAAACCCGUGUUUUCCAGUAAAUUAUUUUCAAUUAAUUAAUUUUAAAUAAAAAAAUAACAAUUUUUAUUAUUUUUAAGAAAUCUCCGUGCUCUAAUGGUGGUACAUGCCAAGAACAUUGUACUGAUGUGAUUUACUAUGAAUGUCAAUGUGCUAAUGGUUUUGUGGGAAAAAAUUGUACCGAGGUAAUAUGAAUUAUUUAAUUAUUUUUACAUUACAAAGUAAUAUUAUUGCAUAUAAAUAACAACUAUUUUUAAAAAUUAAUCAAUUUAGUUAGUUUAUUUAUUUGUCAUUUAACUAUAGGUUUUAUUUAUUUUGAUUUAAAAUCAUAAAACAUUUAAUCUAUAAUAUAGUAUAUAUAGCACAGACCUAAGCCUAUAUUUUUUUUCUCGGCUUACUGCUUAUAAAUUAUUAAAAUUAAUUAAGUAAAAUUAAUUAAAUAAACACUUACAAAUACAAAAUCGAAAGAAUAUAAAGUGUGGAAUGCUAUUUAUAAUUUUAAAAUAAAUAUUUGCAGUUUAUAUAGCUUUGAUAGGAGAAAAUCUGGAAUAAGCUUGAUAAAUGGAGAGAAAGAAGAGGAUUAUGGAUAAGUAGAAAUAAACCAGAGUAUGAGUUUAGAGGAAAAGGGCAAUACAGUUAAUGACAAUAAACAGUUAUAGGCAAGGUUGAUAGUUUUAAGUACCUAAUGAUAUCAGUGACCAUUUAACCAACAUCGAAUUAGUGAAAUAUUUUAUUAAAAUAGACAAGAAAAAUGUUUCAAUAAAAUCAUCAUUGAUCUAAAAGUAUCAACAUUAACCUCGCACCUCCCCUGUCAAGUGCUUCACAGUUUGGAGCCUUAUAUUAUAUACUUACAUAAAUAUUAGUGAUAUUACAUAUAUUAAUACAUAUUAUUAAACUAAGAUUUACAUUUAAUUCAUUUAAUUAUUGUAAUUUACUAAUUAUUAUACAAAUUUUGUAUUAAUUAUUUUAGAUGCCUGAGACUGUUCCAGACUACGCAAAUAUAGCAUUGAUUGUUGGUCCGAUAUUUGCUAUACUGCUUAUUGGUGGUAUAGGUAGUUUGUUAGUUCUUUUAAUGAUGGCUCGUAAAAAAAGAGCUACCAGAGGUACAUACAGCCCUAGCUGUCAAGAAUAUUGUAAUCCUAGAGUUGAAUUAGACAAUGUACUGAAACCUCCACCAGAAGAACGACUUAUUUAAUUAUUGAUUUUACAACCACAUAUAAUUUUCUUUUUACUUACAUUUAACAGUUUAUUUUUAAUUCCAUAUUAAUGAUCUCCUUAUUUUUGUUUAGCGGCCAUUUUGUAUACUUUCUAUUUGAUUUUUUUCAAGUUAAAAUAUUUUCAGUAUUCAUUUUUUUAUUAUUUUGAACAAUCAUAUAAGUAUUAUUUUUGUAGUAUUAUCCACCCCAAAAUGAAUCUGUAUUUGGUUUUAUUCUUUUUUAUUUAAAAAAAACAUUUUUGUAUGCUUCAUUAUGUUAUAAUUUGAAACUUAACUUAACUGCAUAUUUUUUUUUUAUAAAAAAUACAACAAAAUCAUAAUUGUGAUUUGUUGAUAAAAUAUUUUAAAUGUUUUGACGCAAGUCAGUUUGUGGGUUUUUGAGUGAUACUUAGUUUAUGUACCUAAUUAAAGCGAGUCUAUUAUAUAUUAUUGUUACACGUGACACUUUUCAAUACAAAAAUUUUUUGUAUUAUAUUGUAAUUUUAUGUACUUUAAAAAUAAUUAAGUAUAUAUAGAAUUAAUAUUUUAUUUUUUUUAAGUCGGAACAAAAUUUUUACUUAUUAAUUUUAUGCUAUUUUUAAUUAUUAAUUACUCUUAAUUUUGAACAAUAGAAACAUAUUUCAACAAGUAUUAUUUAUAAUUUAUAGUUGAUUAAAGUAAAAUAUGCAUUCCAUAUAAUGACAACAGUAAUUUUCAAACUUCAUUUUGAGCAAUAAUAAUAACAGCCUUAGUAUUUUUAUAAAUAGUUUAUUUUUUUUUUAAUUUGCAGGUUUCUCUUAUAUUUUUUACAUAUGUAUUAUAUAAACAAUAUAAAUAUAUUAGUCCAAAAAUUAAUUUUUCAUUAUAAUUAUAUAAAUUUAUUAAAUCAUUUUUUUUUUUUAUCAUUUAAAUUUAUAUUGAAAACUGGUGUUUGUUUAUUAUAGGAAAGUAAACAAUUGCUCAUAAUCACAUAUUUCUUCUACAUUAAUUAUUUGUGCUGGCAGUAAAUAGUGUGAUAACUAUCUUACUUUUUGUGAUAUAUCAAAAAAAAAAAAAAACCCAUUCAUUGUAUUUUAAAUGUACAUUUUUUUAGGGUUUACUUAUUCCGUCCAUGGUAAAAUAUAAUGUUUUAAUACAGGGUAGUUACUUAAUAUAUUUAUUUAUUUAUGUACACUGUUCAAACAGAUUUAAUUAAUUAACAAUUUAUAUAAAUGUAUUUUGUAUAUUUUUGCUUGAUAAAAUAUAUAUUAGUUUUCCUUAUCAAAUACACUAAAUUUAUGACUUAGAACAAUUAAAUCUGUUUGAAAAUUAUGUGUUUAUUUAUAUGUAUGUAAUAAAAUUGAUUAAAUGACAGUAUGGUUAUAUUGUUUUUAGCGUAUAUAUUUGGUGUAGAGGUGUAUGUAAUAAUUUGUAAGCCAACAAUAUUGGUAAAACUACACUCGCCAAAAAUUUCGCACUCUAUGUAUAUUUUUAUAUUUGUAUUAUAAGUAAAUGAUUUUGUAUUUUAAAAAAUAUAUAUUCUGUAGAAAUAAUGAUAAAUAUUAAAUAGUCAAUAAUAGUGAUUGAUAUUGUGUAACAGUGUACUUAAUUGUUGAAAAAAAUUAAUGAAAGAGGCUCUCCAAAAUUAUGGCAUCAUGUCAAACAAGUAUUAAAGAAAGAAAAAACGAUAUUUACAGAAUUUUUGUUUUAUAUUUAAUACAUACAUUAAUAGUUAUUAAAUAUUUUGGAGUGCCUUAUAUUUUUAUAACAUUUUAUUUUGUAACAUUUUUUUUUUUAUUGUUUAACAAGACCAAAUAUAAUAAGUAUAUAAUAAUAAUAAUAAAAAAAAAAAAAGUCAUUAAUAUUCUUAAAUUCACAAUAUUAUUAGAACAUUACAUCUGAAAUCUUUUAGGAAACCAAAUUUAUUUACACCUAAAUUAAGAGCUUUGUCUAAUAAUAGUAUUUACAAAUAUUAUAAGGUACUUGAAAUUGAAAUAUCCUAAAUAAUAAUAAUUAUUGUAAUAAUGCUCUUAGAAAUAUUUUGAUAGCAUAGGUAUGGGUGCACUAAAUUGUCCCUAAUGACUUAAUUUUUUUACCAUACUAUUUUACAUUUCACACACGAAAAACGUUUCGAACGAGCACGGUGAAUCAUUCCAUUUGAGCCCUUUGCCGUCUCGGUUCCACAACUCUAAGCAAUGCUCUUCCUCUCCAUUUUCGUAUUUGAAAUUGUUCGGUUCGCCAGCGUUCCAGUUAGUGAAUCCGAUUGGUCGACCAUUAGCCAACCAAAAGAACGAGCCUUCCUCUGCCUGAUCAGUGCCGGAUGUCCAAAAGUGUUCGUGUCCCAAACCUAUAAUAAA